ACACAGUGCUUGUCCCUGACCCAGACAAGGAUGUAUGAAGAUGAAACUUCUCAGGAAUGGGAACUCCAGUUGAUUCUCAUGCCGACAGCACGACCAUAAACAUUGGGGUUAUACAUAAAUGAAGAGAUAGACGCUCAGCUAGAGAUGAUCCUGUUCCUGUUCCUGCUUAUCUCCUGUGGGCCACUAGGUGGCGACACAUCACCAAUCAGCUGCUACAACGACCAGGGAGAUCCAGUUGGCUGGUUCUAUUUGUACAAGCUGCCAAAGGAACAUGGCAGAAGAUCUCCCCAAGAGGGCGAGCUGUACUUACUGCUGGAGAAAGGGAGUCAAGGAUGGACUAAGGGGAAGGGAACAGUGAAUGACACCACAGGAGCUCUUGGCAGGACAGUCGGACAACUAUACUCACAAGGAAAGAACACAGAAGUAGCAUACAUUCUCUACAAUGACCAGAGGCCUCCCCAGGACUUUGGUGACAGAUGGGUGGACAACAGUGGAAGCAGUGGGGGGCACACUAAAGGUGUUGUCCUGCUGGAUAAAAAUCAAGGCUUCUGGUUGGUCCACAGCACCCCUCACUUCCCGCCUGUACAACAGGAAGGACAGUUUUAUUAUCCCGACAGUGGUGUGAACAACGGACAAAACUUCAUCUGUGUUACCUACCCACUGGAGCGCUUCCAGACCAUCGGAGAGCAGCUUCAGAUCAAUCAGCCUAAUGUCUACGACUGUGACAUCCCCGAGUCCUUGGCGUCCCUGGUGCCCGUGCUGGCUGCCGUCUGUAAGAAAAAACCUCUGACUGGUCACAUCACUCCCCACAUCAGACCUGUGGCCAAUCGCAGCGUGACUCUGACCUCAAAGGACGGCACCGACUUCAUCAGCUUUGCCAAAGGGGCUUCUUUUGAUGACGACUUGUACCACUCGUGGGUGGCCCCAACCCUCCAGUCAGACCUCCUGGUCCAGUUCUGGGUUCGCUCCACCGGCGUCCUCCCCUCUGACUGCUCGCUUGGCUGGAAGGUCCUCGACAUCAAGCUCAUUAACCCGGGCCAGACUUUCACCUUCAAGGCCACACAGGAUCACUCCAAGUGGGCUGUCAGCCCCUCUGCAGGUUCAGGAGGAGGCUGGGUCUGUGUGGGAGAUAUUAACCGGAAUGAGGCAGAGGAGAAGCGAGGUGGAGGUACUGUGUGUCUGCGGGACCCCAUGGUGUGGAAGGCUUACCGAGCCGCAGCGCUGGAGUGUGAGGAUUGUAAAGGAGAAACGAUCCAGUGCUGAUGCACUGCUGGAGUAAGGCGGGUUAACUAGGCUUAAGAAAAGGGCAUCAUGGGUAAAAAGAGGGGGAUGAUGUAAUAGAUGAGUGGGCUUAUAUGAGAAAGUUUUGAAAGAAUUUAGUACAAUUCAAACAUGCCUUUUUUGUUCUAAUUCAAAUCACCGGCACAGUUUAGUCACUGUCUUGAGAGCAUAGAAAUACAGAAACGUCUUCAGUAAAAUAACUAGGGAUACACCUAUACUACUUUUUCAAAUCCAGUACCUGUAUUUGAGUACUCACCAGUGCUGAGUACUGACAUGAAUACUUCACAAUUCCAUUACAGUUUGUUAAAUUAUUUUGAAAGUUUGUUUAACUUUCACUCUGUGAUUGACUAGUGACGAGUCAAGGGUGUAUCUGCCCAGUGGGAGCUGGGAUAGACUCCAGCCCCUGCAGGCUCAAACUGGGUAAGCAGUAUCAGUGGAUAGAUGUUGAUAGAUGUAGAUUCAGUCAGCUCUACUUUUGUCACCCUCAUCUAUGUAAAAGUAUUGCUGGCUAUUUUCUCACCAUAUUGACAUAAAGAAACAUGACUGACGGAAUUAUUUGCAUUUAUUAUGCACCAUUAAGACCCUAUGUGGUGCUCUAUUGGUAAUAUUUUAGGAAGUAAAUUAGGUUUUUUACAUAAAGUUGGAUCACUGGGUUCCUGCAGAUCCUUGAAAAGUCAAAUAAAUAGUCUUGAAUUGGCCAUUUAAAAUGUAAGGCCAUAAAAAGUCUUAAAUAGUCUGCUUUUUACCAGUGAUAGGUGUCUUUAUCCAGUCUUUAUUUUCUAACCAACAUUAUGUAAUUUAAUUUAUCUUCCUCUACACAGUGUUGCAUAAUCGUCCAUAAUCCAGGGAAUUUAGUGUUAAAUGUUCUAAAUGUCCUUGGGGAGGACCCCAGACCCCUCUCUGAUUUUUUUCUGACUCACUGUGAUUUAAUAAAUUCUCCUGUUGUGAAACACUAGUCUAGCUCUCUGACACCUGGGCUACCAGGUUACCCACUUAAAAUUCAUGCAGCCCACCUUUAUUCUGACAAGUCUUCCCCAACAGAAAGCAUGAUUCUGUUUUUUCAUAAACUGUUUAGAAUCAUCUCAGCACAUCUGCAAAAAAGCAUCAUGAUGAAUAUCACCAUACAACAUAUUGAUAGAAUAAAGGCAUUAAAUGUGUCUGAAAUAAUCACAUUUGGGCAUUUAUGACAAAAAAUGUCAUUUGUCCUAUAUUAUUUGACAUUUCAUGAUAAAAAAAAACAGUCCUGGUACUGUGUACCAAGCAAUCUCAUGCCUUUCAUUUUUGACCAAUUACUGUGCAAGAUGUGGUGUUAAUUUUUCUCGAUGCAGGUCUAAAAAGUUCCUAAAAAGUCUUAAUUUUGAUUUUUAAAAGACUGUAGGAACCCUGGAUCAGUUGUUCCCAAUCCUUUUUCCUUUGUGUGCCUCCCUCACCUUCACCUAAGAGAAGCUGAGCCUCUCCAAAGACCCACAUGAAAAAGAUGUGACAUUGUUGUCAGAAUUAGCAUUGAUUUCAAUUGUUUGAUUGAUAAACCCUCACAAAAUGGGUACAAACAUGUUUCCUUACAAUAAGACCUUUGUGUAAAGUAUACUUUUUUAUCAUGGUCUUGGGUAAUAUGUGCAAAUCUAAUUUUGACAGCCUCUUGAUACCUUUGGCGCCCCCCAGAGGGAUCUUGGACCCCAGGAUCUGGGAACCAGUAUGUUAGAUAACGCUCUGUAUUCUCUUACUUAAGUGAUUUAAACCUGCUCAACUUGCUUCCCUUCAGUUCUCUUCACCACAUACAAACAAACAUGUGCAUGCUCUAAAAUAAAAAAGUCCAAAUAACCAUGAUAAAUAGUUGUGAUAUGGGUGCCAGUUUAGCUUAGUUAGUUGAGCAGGCACCUAGAAAAAGAGGCUGCAGUCCUCAUGCAGUGCUCAAGGAUCAAAUCCCAAACUGGGUGCUGUUUGGCGCAUGCCUUCCAUUACUCUCUGCUCAUAUUUACUGUCUCUCGUCAGCUGUCCCAUCAAAAUAAAGGCAAAAGCCCCCCAAAAAUCUUAAUAAAUAAUAAUACUUUUGAUCCUUAUAUUGUGAUUAUCAUUUUGGCCAAAAAUGUGCAGCCUUAGCUGUAACCUCACGUUCAUGCUCACAUAAAGAUAGGCUAACAUCAUGAGUCAGAAUACUUAGGCUUUGUAUCAGCAGUGUCAGUACCGGUGCAUCCCUAAAAAUAACUCCGCUUCAUGGCAUAAAACACGACAUUUAUGUGAGACCUCAAAUCACAAAUUCAAAAGCUGAUCUGAAAUGAGAAAAUAUGUUUGUCAGGGGCCUUUGAGGCACCAUUUUACUCAGUCAUUCACCAGUUUAAAACAGUUAAUAAGGGCUUCAACAUCCUCCUCUCCAAACUAAAUGUGUUCAGAAAAAAUGCUGAAGGAGUAUGAGUAGUCAAAUCUGGCAGGAAGUUCAGUGCUUUAUAGGAAAUAUUGGAUUCACUUUGAAAAAUACAAAAGCCUCACAGUGCCACUUUUAAUGAAAGCUUUUUUUCAAGUGUCUUUAUGACCACUGGAUACUAAUUUACCUGAUGAGACGAUACUACAGACUCCACAAGUGCUGCCUCAAACUGAAAGUAAUCCUGUCCAAAUCAACAUUAGUUCUCAGGGAGUGUGUUGAGUGUUGAUGUUUUACAGUGUGUGAAAAUUGAUGUAUAAAAUUGUUUUGCAUUAUAAAGAAAAUGAGCUGCCUUUACUGACAAUAAUCAACUAAGGAUAAAUUAAAACUUGUGUUUAAUGAUUGUUUUGCUAUUUAUCUCAUAACGAUGAUUCCCUGUGCAUUUAAAAUGUUCUUCAAGCACUCUUAUUUUGUUAUAUGCUAAUAUUUUACAUUCAUGUCUCAUAUCUGAACACGUCUUUAUUUGGACACUGUUUUUGCUUGUAAAUGAAGAUGCUGGCUAUAAAAUGUCUUA